CUUCUGCAUAUUACGUUAAAUAACUUUAUUGUACUACCCUAAUUAGCUUUUUUGCAUUGUAAUUUCCUCUUUAAUACUAGUACAGUUAGUAUUUGAAUUGUUAAGGAUUGGUCCAUGGGUGAAUGGCUCAAGUUGGUCACAGUUUUAAUAGGUUGCGGUUCCUGAAUGGGUUUUUCUUCUUUCCGAAUGACUAGUACCAAUAAGUGGGUUGUUGCUAUGUUCUUUUUGGAUCAUAAGCUGGGCGCCAGAUAUGGUAGCUGAUAGAGGCCUGAAUCGGGAUACUGAUUCAAUCACUUAUUUGGUGGUUGUGGCCUUUCCUUUUUUUUUUUUUGGUCGAUUUGGGUUAGGUUGCUUGGAUGUGAGGGGGAUGAGGACCAUACCUCUGUGUCGUAGUGCUGCAAAAGGAACAUACAAAAAGAAAAUAGGGAGGAGGCUUUACUGGGAGAUAUAAACUCUGCCUACCUACCUGUUCUAGCUUCUAAACCAUAUUGGUCCUGUAGUCGAGAAUGUAUUUUAGUGGUCCAAUGGAGAGGUAUCUAGGUAUGGCUUAAACUUUAGGUAUAUGAUGGAUGACGUCGCGUUGGAGUUUGAGUGUACUUGUAGUAUUGAGUUGCUGAGGUGUAAUGCUAAUUUGUGAAUGAAAUCGCAAUAUACAGCAUCCUCGAAUUCACUGGGUGUUGGCCCAAGGAAACUUGUGAGGUCCGGGUUUGGAUGCAAAGGUAAUUAUGUUAGUAUUAGAACCAAUAGUUCCUUUCUUGGAGUUCCACAUGGGAGGAAACAUUAUUACAAGAGCAAAGCCACAUUGAUAACUACUUUCUCCCGAAAAAAGGUCCAAAUGGGAUUGAAAAGACCUUUUGAUGAGGAAGAGUUUCAGGAGUUUCCCCUUAAGCAUCCAAAACAAGUCGAUUAUGGCAACAAGCUGACCUCAUUGGACGAAAUUUAUCCUUGUUAUGAACCUACUCAAAAGGUUGAUAUUCCAGGUGAAGGUGGGGGCUUGUUUUAUAAGUAUAAAUCGCGUGAUUCGCAUGAUGGAUUCAAGGAGGACGGCAGAAACAUGGUCUCAUAUCUUUCUGACAAAAGGUUUGAAACCAGUGCUCCCUUGUCAUGGGUCACCAGCUGUAGUACUAGCAAGGAAGAUGCUUCCUCUGGCACCACUGUUUGCUCCUCUCUUCCUUCAAGAUACCUUGAUUUGUACUUUCCAGCCAAACCAAUUGUUCAGAUUGAGCCUAAAUAUUCAUCAUUGUGGGAUGGCUCUCCUAGAAAACAGGUUCCUAUCGGACAAAAUCAUCAAGCUGAUGUUUCUGAGUGGGACCCACUAUCAGUGGACAAAUGUUAUUUGAGUUCAGGUCACGAACUGAUGGGUGAAUGCAUCCUUUGGAUGCCUGAUCAAGAAUUGUCUGCUCAAAGUGGAAUUAAGGCUGGAGAUGGUAGAAAGGACUGUCUGUGCGCUGACAAGGGUUCCAUAAGAUGCGUGCGACAGCAUGUCCAAGAAGCAAGGGAAAGGCUAAGAGAAACCCUUGGGCAUGAGAAAUUUAGGCAGUUAGGGUUUGGUGAUAUGGGAGAGGAGGUAUCGAAAAAAUGGUCUGAAGAAGAACAAUGUGUCUUUGAUGAAGUUGUGUACUCCAAUCCUGUUUCAUAUGGUAGAAAUUUUUGGGAGCACCUCUCUGAGGUCUUCCCAUGUCGAACAAAAAUGGAAAUCAUCGGAUAUUAUUUUAACGUAUUUAUGCUCCGUAGGAGAGCAGUUCAGAACAGAUCUAACUUUCUGGAUAUCGACAGUGAUGAUGAUGAGGAGCAGGGAAUUGAUGCAGGUCCACCGGGGGUUAAACAAGAAGACUUUAGCAUAGACUACGAAGAUGUAUCCCAUGAUGAUGAUGAUGACGACGACGAUGGCGGCGAUUGUGAUGGUGGAAAUAGCGAGGAAAAUUGCUGUACCACUGAAUAUGAUGUGGGGAGAAGUAUUUUCCACCAUGUGGGUACAAAUUUGGAUAAUUGUGCUCAAAAUGGCUCGGCUGAUAGGUUAAGCCCUAGUCAUUUUCUUGAACCAUGUUAUGCUAAAGUGUGGGAAGCCUGGCACCCGAUGAGUCCGUUAAAAGGCUUUGAUCUUCUGUCUACUGGGAAGAUGAUUGAAGAGAUAUUCGGUUCUUGCACUCAGAAUAGCAAGCUGUGUGAUGAUUAAGGCAUUAGCUAGUGUCUCAACGGGAUGAUCUCUCUCCCGCAUUUUGCAGCAUCUAUUUGGAAUGUGCCGCGGUAAUGAGGGACGAAAUCCAAGUUUCGAGAAGUUCAUUUUCUGCUCAACCAUAAAAGCCUCUAGUUAUUCUGUGCAAAACCAUUUUUCCAAAUUUGAGGGUUUUUUAAGUUGGGGUUUACGUCCUAUGGAGUCUUUCCAUUACCUGCAAUGCUAACCUUUUGUCGUAUAUAAGUUUGUGUUGUUGAUAUAAGAACAUCAGAAAGUCAAGAAUUCCCUCCUGGAUGUUAUGAGCUUGUUCUGUUU